CCGGCGGCUGUGCUGAGGCGGCCAAGAUGGCGGCGGCUGGGACAGGGGCCGUGGCCGCCUCCUCCUUCCUCUCGCUGGAGCCGCAGGCGCGGGGCGGCCCUCGCAAGGCGAGGAGGGGGCGCAAAAAGCGGGCGGAGGAGGAGGAGCCGCUGCAGCCGGGCGUGGUGUACGUGGGGCACCUCCCGCGGGGCCUCUGCGAGCCGCAGCUCCGCGAGUACUUCGGGCAGUUCGGCACCGUCACGCGGCUCCGCCUGUCCCGCAGCAAGAAGACAGGAGGCAGUAAAGGCUACGGAUUUAUAGAGUUUGAGUCUGAUGAUGUGGCUAAGAUUGUUGCAGACACGAUGAACAACUACCUGUUUUCAGAAAGACUGCUGAAGUGUCAGUUUGUGCCUCCUGAGAAGGUCCGUGAGGAUCUCUUCAAAAACAGUGAGAGGAUGUUUCAGAAGCCUUCCCAGCCAGCAGUCAAGCGGUACAACAAGAUACGCUCACUUGCCGAGAAGGCCAAGAUGGCAAAGCGGCUGCUGCAGAAGGAGAAUCGCCUGCGGAAGCGGCUGGCUGAGAGGGGCAUCAAAUACAGCUUCCCGGGAUUUGCUGCGCAGGGGCCUGCUGUGAAGAAAAGGAAAGUUAAAAAGUCCAAGUCAAAACUGAGCGUUUCUCUGAGCAGCCAGGAUCCUACUCCAGUCUGUACUCCUACAGUGCUUGAGCGCCGGCAAGCUCACCAAGCAGAUGACGACGCAGAGGACAAGGAAAUAACUCUCAAACUGCCCCCUGCAAGCGUUAAAAAACCUGUGAAGAGACCAAGGAAACGGCAAAGAAAAGAACCCAACCUGAAGAAAUAGAAAUAGACUUAAAAUUCUGGUGGCUGUAACCAUGUUCUUCUUCUUCCUCAACUCAAACGCUGGUGAGGUGGAACUUGUGCCCUGGCUCGGUUUGUCUCACUAGGCUGUUUCAGCCUCUCACAGGCAGGGAAUGCAUUCACAAAUCGUUCCCUUCCUGUUUAGCCAGCGGGGAGCUACAGUCUUCUCUGCCCUUGAAGAUUGUCUUGGUUUUUGCACUCAUGAGUGCGAGUUCUCUGACAUGCCUGCAGUUGUUGUGCCAGAACCUUUGGUUUGUUCUGUGCUCUUGUCUCCAGCACCCCCUGUUCUGAAAGAACAUGUGAGGCUGUCUGUUCUGAUCCUGCUGAUGGGGUCGGUAUUUUAUACCUACUGGCUUAUAAAAUACAGUUUUUAACCAUU